AUGCGAUAUGCGAUGACUGGAAACAGGCCAAAAUUUCUUAAGGCUAUUUCUGUUUUCUUCGCUGAAAUUUUCAAAUUCGUUGCCAGUGUGGUACUUGUUUGUAUGCAGGAGCGGAGUAUAGUUAAAGGCUUAGCGGAAAUGUAUGACCAGUUUGUGAAUAAAUGGCGUGAUGCGUUAAAAGUUCUCAUACCAGCUGUAGUCUACACGAUUCAGAACAUUCUGCUGUAUAUAGCCGUUGAAAAUCUUCCGGCUGCAACGUACAUGGUGACAUACCAGCUGAAAAUUUUAACCACAGCUGUGUUCACAGUGUUGGUGCUGAAACGACCACUCUCCGCUCAACAAUGGAUUGCGCUUUUCUUUCUCUUUGGUGGUGUGGCUAUUGUACAGUAUGAUCAAAAAGUGUCCAACGAUCUAGAGAAAGCCGAGCGACUAGCAGCGGAAAAAAUCAAUGAUCCUUUGGCGACCACCAUGCCAACGAUUGAAGACUCAUUUGUGAAGCUAAUAGAUUCUGGUCUUGAGACGGUGAAUACUACUGCCAACCAGGUGGAUGUUGCUGCUUCGCAACCACAACGAGUUCACGAGCAAAACUCCAUCGUAGGAUUUAUUGCUGUUAUUGUGGCGUGCUGUCUAUCGGGAUUUGCUGGUAUAUACUUUGAGAAGAUUCUCAAAGGGUCAAAUGUGUCAAUUUGGGUUCGAAAUACCCAACUAGCACUCCCAUCCAUUUUCUUCGCGUUGUUCUUUGCAUUCGCAAAAGAUCAUGCUAAAAUAUUCUCCGAUGGUGGAAGCCCAUCAGCCGUAUGGAGUCGUAUGCUGUUUGGAUUUGACUGGGCUGUAUGGACAACCAUUGGAAUUUCCGCCUUCGGUGGUCUUGUUGUUGCUGUUGUGAUAAAAUUUGCAGACAAUAUUCUGAAGGCUUUCGCUACCUCAUUUGCCAUUCUACUGAACUGCGUUCUGUCGUAUUUUCUAUUCAACUUCCGACCGACAAUGUUCUUCGUCAUCGGUGCUUGCUGUGUUAUUGGCGCUGUAUUCGUUUAUAGUAUCUACCCAUACCAGUGA